GUGCUGUGAUGGCUUAUAUAAGUGGUCCCAACCCGCGCGCAAGAAGCCAGCGGUCAAACGCAGUCACCGUGUUCUUCUGCUUCUCACCUCUCUUCUUUGCCUGGGCUUCAUUCUCAUCACACGCGCAGGCUUGCCCUCGUCUUCAGUCCGAAUAAUCUGACCGCUCACAGCCCAGCAACAUUCAUGUCGUCCCAAAACCCGAUUCGCAGAAAACUGGUCAUCGUCGGUGACGGUGCUUGUGGGAAGACCUCCCUACUGUGUUCUUUUGCUCUGGGAGAAUUUCCAAAGGAAUAUCAACCGACUAUAUUUGAGAACUACGUCGCAGAAAUCAGGCUAGACGGUAAACCUGUGCAAUUGGCGCUUUGGGAUACUGCAGGUCAAGAAGAGUAUGAACGUUUACGACCACUGUCCUACUCCAAGUCACAUGUUAUUUUAAUUGCUUUUGCUAUCGACACCCCAGAUUCUUUGGAUAACGUAUCUGUAAAAUGGAUCGAAGAAGUUCGGAGCAUAUGUGGCCCAACCAUCCCAAUUCUACUCGUUGGGUGUAAAGCCGACCUGCGUCCAUUCCCCAAUUCUCCUGAUAUUGGCAACUUCGUCUCGCGUGCUGAGGCUGAACGCGUGGCAUCUAUGAUCGGUGCGCGCGCUUACAAGGAGUGCUCUGCCCUCAAGAUUGAGGGUGUAGAUGACGUUUUCGAGGCUGCCACUCGGGCAAGCAUGCUCAUGAGAGAAGGCGUGCCUUCCUCUGCUCAUCAUAGAAGGAAGAGCAGUGGGCGUAGUGGGGAAGCGUCCAACGGGGACUCGACUGGCGGCAGCUGGAAGUGCUGCGUUGUCUGCUGAUGACUGCAUUUACCCGCGUUCAUUUCGGGCUCAUACAUAGCUCUCUUCGGAUGGACCUUAUGGACUAGCUUCAGCUCUUGCACAUACGUGAUGUGUCGCAUGGUUCUAGCUUUGAUUUCGAUCUGGAGCUAACUUGUUCACGUCGCCCCCACCUUCUGAAUCCCCCAAGUAGUCUGCUAAUAUCACAGGAUCUCAUUUGUUUGAUUUUUGUUCAAUGCAUAGCAUAC